AAAAGGCUUAUUAUCCCAUUAUGGUUGUUUUGUAGUUUGCAGCGUUUCUUGUGAAGUCGUGUUGCAGACAGAUCGGCAUUGACAUCUGACAUCGUAUCAAUAUCCAUCACCUUCUUCCACCCUUUCCCGUCUGUCAAUAAUUCACUGCAUUCUUCUUCAGUUAGCUCAUCCUUCCCAAUCCAGCCUCAUCAACUUCUGACGUUAUGCAGCAACACAGCGAUCCCAACUUCUAUUAUCCAUACCCGCAAAACCCAAUUGUUCCUCCUCCUCCUCCUCCGGCCCAACCCACUGCCGGCCCGUCACAGUCAACCACUUUCCCUCAACCCCCGCCGUCUUCCGCCUCAGCGCCACCCUUCUCCGCCGGCAAUUACCCUCCCCCUCCCUCCGAUUACCCUACCCCUUAUUCUUCUUCCUAUCCUCAAGUCCCCGAUCCCUUCUCCACUGCUCCUCCGCCGCAGCAACCGCAAUUUUCCGCUUCAUUUCCCCAGUAUGAAACCCAUGGGUCUUACUACCAACAACAACCACCUCCUCCACCGCCGCCGUCUGCCGCGGCACCACCUCAGUCUUAUUACACCACCUACGAUCAACAAUACCAGGGCCCAACGCAACCUAAUUAUGCCUCCCCUGGUCCCAAUUCCACCCCCAGCAGCAAGCCCCCUUUUGAUUCGGUUUAUUCAGCUCAGUUGAAUCAGCUGAGCUCCUCAUUUGAGAGAAAUCUUAAAUUUGAUCCACCGGGGAAUUAUCUAGACGAUUAUUCCGGGAGGUAUGGGAGCUCUGGCAGGGAGAAGUCAGAUAUUGGAUCAAAUUUUUAUGGGAAAUCAAGCGGCAGCGGUGGUGGAUAUGGAAUGGAUGGAUACGGUGAUGGGGUAUAUGCGUAUCAAGGGAGCAAUGUAGAGCCUUAUGGAGCUAGAGGAACUGCCCCGAAGUCCUCUACUUGGUCUGGUUUUGAUGAUUUUGGGAGGCCAAUCGGAUAUUCUUCCUCCGAUAAGCCGGGGCGGUCAUCUACUGGUGGUGGUGGUGGUUCUGGUAGUACCAAAAUUGCAAGGGCAGUCCCUAAGGUGGACACUCAAGAGGACGUGAAAAGUGGGGUGCAAAAGUUUAGAGUUAAGUUAUUAGCUGAAAGUGGGGGGCAGAGCACCAUGGACGUUCUUUGCCAGAUUGGCUUGGAUGGGAUUCGGAUGCUUGAUCCAAGCAGUAAUCGGACACUAAGAAUUUAUCCUCUCGAUACCAUUACUAGAUGUGAGGUGGCAGAUUCGUCUACCUUGUCCUUUUGGUCAAAGAGUUCGGUGGACCUUGAGCCACGACGCAUCAGGUUACGAUCAAAUAGUUAUACUACAAACACUCUUCUGGACACAGUGACUGCCGCAACUGUGCAGUUCAAGGAGAUGGGAGGGAGAAGUAGGCAAGCUGAAUAUUCUAAAGUUACUGAUCAACCCACAGAAAAGAAAAAAGGUUUUGGUGAUUGGAUGAAUUUCAUUAAGCCAGCUAAUGAGGAAAAGGAUCAUUGGGUUCCUGAUGAGGCUGUCACCAAAUGCACAGGUUGUGGGACUGACUUUAAUGCCUUUCUGCGUAGGCACCACUGCAGAAAUUGUGGUGACAUUUUUUGCGACAAGUGCACUCAGGGGAGAACGGCCCUUACAGCUGAUCAGAAUGCUCCAAUUGUGAGGGUCUGUGACAGAUGCAUGGUAAUGCUGCUUCUUGUUCUGAACCCAUGCACUCAUUUCUACUAAUUCUGACUUCUGAGGAUAUCAGAACUUGCGUUGGCAUUUGCGUGUUACUGAUAACGAGCGACUACAUUUGUUUGAAUGAGUUUCUCGAACAUGAAUUUUAUCUAGCAUGUUGAUACUUGCCUGCAUUAUCAUUGUUUUGUCUUUUCACAGGGCGAAGUCUCCCGUAGACUGAGCAGUGACAAGGAAGCAGUCGGCAGAUCAACUUCAUUGCACAGUCAUGAGGAUCUUGCCAAGAAGCUUCAGGUAAUAUAUUACUAUAAAGUUCUCUUGCACUGGUGUUGUGUGCCAAUAUUAUGUUCCAGCUAAUGUAGAAUAGAUAGAUGAAUCUUAAUUUUUCUGAUAUAUUAUUUGUUAUUUCGGUGCAGGAAGAGAUGGAAAGAAAUCGCAAGUCAUCUUCAGGUAAUUAUACUGGAGAGGAUGAAACUUUAGCCUCCAUAUGUAAUGGCAACGAAAGGAUUUUACUAACAUUGGUCCUCUGUUUUACUGCUAACACAGGUUCUAGGUCUGAUAGCUCUGGAAGGCGGAUGAAAGAAGUUGCAUGUCCUACUUGUACAGUUCAUUUGCAGGUACAAUCGAUCUAUCCAUUUCCAUCAGUUUUAAUAUUUAAGCCUGUGUGUUGCUGAUGGCUGAGUCAAAAAAAAAAACAGGUUCAAGUACCCAGUUCUGGAUCUGAAACCAUAGAAUGUGGAGUUUGCCAGCAUCCAUUUCUAGUGAGUGCCCAUUAAAUCAUAUCAUCUCAGCCUUGAAUUUUCUACCAGUUUAGCCGUUUUGGUUGUCAUGUAAAGUGCACUGUUUAACUGUAGAAAUUCCCGUGUGUUUCUAUACAGUGCUGGUUUGUAAAUGUUCAGAAGUUUCGUUGAAAAUUUGAAAGUGUACAAAAAUAUAUACUGAUUUGUAGAACACUCAAGGUUUUACUGCAACUUCGUUAUUGUAUAUCGAAUAAAUCAUGAUUCUUGGUUGAAUUUGUUUGGACCAUUCCUCUUUAAUUGGCAAGGUUUUACGUCUAAUUCACGUGUGCUAGUUUUACUUCCA